AUGGCCGAACCAACAACCAAGGAAGAGACCGUACCCCCAGCCGGGUCCGGGACCGCAUCUCCCUCCCAGCCCACGACUGCCUCCCCAGCCGUACCGGAUCCGCCUGAAAACGCCAAUGAGGCAGAGGUGAUCGAGCACGACGAUGUGGAUAAUGCCUCCGAAACUGCAUCCACGGUUGAUGAUCGAUGGUCGACUUACACUGGAUCUCUGACUUCGAGCGUGUUCGACUACCCUACAGAGCAUGGCCGUCGUUACCAUGCUUUCCGAUCUGGAUCAUACUGGGGUCCAAACGAUGAGACUGAGAUGGAACGUCUGGACUUCAAUCACAUGCUUAUUGUCAAAGUGAUCGGUAACAAGCUCUACCUGGCCCCCCUUGAUAAGAAUAAGAUCCACCGAAUUCUUGACGUUGGAACUGGGACGGGAGUGUGUGCGAUACAAAUGGGCGACGAGUUCCCCAACGCACAGAUCAUUGGAAACGACUUGAGCCCCAUUCAGCCGACUUGGGUUCCACCGAAUGUCAAGUUCGAAGUCGAUGAUGUUGAGAGCCCUUGGCUCAUCGCGGAGAAAUACGACUUCAUCUUCUGUCGAUACAUGGCUGGGUCUCUUGGAGACUGGCCCAAACUCAUGCGAAGAGUUUUCAGGAAUACAAACCCUGGUGGCUGGGUUGAAUUCCAAGACUAUAACCUCCGGUGGAAGUCGGAUGAUGGCUCAUUGACGGAGAAACACUUUACCAAUGAAGCUGUAAACAACUUCCUCGAAGCCUGCAAACUGGUGAAUCGUGAGCCGGCCCCGGGACCCAAGUUGGAGGGCUGGGUCAAGGACGCAGGCUUCGUCAACAUCACCCAUCAAAAAUUCAAAAUUCCCGUUGGGGACUGGCCUAAGGACCCUCACUACAAGGAGUGCGGCUUGAUCAACUUGAUGCAGACCCUCGAAGGCUUGGAGGGAUUCACCCUAAGAAUGUUUACUAGUGUGCUCGGAUGGACGAAAGAGGAGGUUAUCGUGCUCCUAGCGGAAGUACGUCGCGAGUUGAAGACUCGAACUUUUCACGCCUAUUUCGACUUUCAUGUGGUUUAUGCCCAGAAGCCAGAAGUGGAGGAGGAGUAA